UUUUGUUGUGACCUAAUGUUUUAUCAACUACGCUAACUACAUUCAAAGAUGCAUUGAUUUUUUCGUCUGCCACCUCCUUGGCUGUAAAACGUGACACUCGCCGAAGUAAUUAACAAAAAUGAUCUCCACAAAAAUGUUUUAUUUGCGAUCUAUUGCAAGAUCAAAGGCCUUAGUGUCCAGCAGCAUUCGGUUCCGGACGUUAACUCAAGCAGCAUCAGCCGAAAAAAUACAAAGGAUCGUUAGUGAUAUUUCGCAGUUAACUCUCAUCGAAGUUGCAGAACUAAAUCAAGUCUUAAAAACAACCCUUAAAAUCCCAGAUGCCCCAGUUAUGGCAUAUGGUGCAGGUCCUGCUGCUGCCCCAGCUCAACCAAAAGACGAGGAAGAAGAAGCACCUAAGGCCAAAGCUCAGACAAUUUUUACAGUCAAACUUACAAAGUAUGAUGAAGCUAAGAAAAUUGCCUUGAUUAAGGAAAUUAAAAAUAUUGUGGAAGGAAUGAACCUCGUACAAGCCAAGAAGUUUGUUGAAACACUCCCUGCAGUUGUUCGAGCUGAUAUUCCUAAAGAAGAGGCAGAGAAGCUUAAGGAUGCCAUUGCAGCUGCUGGAGGUAUUUGUGAAAUUGUUUAAUUUGAGUAUGUUUUGUAGUCAAAGCCAAUAAAAAAAAUUUGAAAAA